GGUGAAGUACUAUUUGCGCCGCCAGAUUGAAGCAGGUGUCCAACAUGGCGAUCACAGGCAACGGAUCUCUCGCUACUCUUCUCUUUUUGUUCAUGAUUCCAGCGGCUCUUCAUCAAGGAGCUGCUCAGUACCCAGUUCAGAGUCAGAAUCUGGUGACGGACGAUGUGGCGGUGGUGGAGGGCGAGAUAGCCGUCAUCAGCUGCCGAGUGAAGAACAACGAUGACUCGGUUAUCCAGCUCCUCAACCCCAACAGACAGACCAUCUACUUUAGAGAUGUCCGACCCCUGAAAGACGCCCGCUUCCAGCUGGUAAACUUCUCGGACAAUGAGCUUCGGGUGUCUCUGUCCAACGUCACUCUGUCGGAUGAAGGGCGAUAUGUGUGCCAGCUGUACACGGACCCCCCACAGGAGGCCUACGCCGACAUCACUGUGCUGAUCCCCCCAGGCAACCCAAUCAUCGAAUCCCGGGAGAGGCAGGUGAUCGAGGGCAACGAGACAGAGAUGACUUGCACCGCCAUGGGCAGCAAGCCCGCCGCCACCAUCAGAUGGAUGAAGGGAGACAAAGAGCUCCAAGGCAAGUCCAAGGUGGAGCAGACAUAUGACCGCAUGUUCACGGUGACCAGCCAGCUGACAUUCACCGUCACCAAAGAGGACGACGGCGUGCCCGUUGUUUGCUCCGUGGACCACCCGGCAGUUAAAGACCUCCAGGCCCAGACCUACCUGGUGGUACAUUACAAACCGGAAGUGAAGAUUGUAGUGGAGUUUCCCGAUGGGCUGCCAAGGGAGGGACAGAACAUGGAGCUGUCUUGCCAGGCCAAAGGCAAACCCCACCCCCAGCGGAUCAACUGGGUGAAGUUGGACGAUGACCUGCCCUCACACGCCCUCAUUACUGGCGCCGACCUCUACAUCGAGAACCUCAACAAGACUUACAACGGCACCUACCGCUGCUUUGCCGUGAACUCAGUGGGCGAGUCGUAUGACGACUACAUCCUCUACGUCUAUGAUGCCCCCACCACUACCCCUAUACCCACUACAGCUACCACCACCACUCCCACCACCACCACCAUCUUCCUCCCUGAAGCCACUGCAGACAACACGCCUAGUACCGAACCUGCAGCUCACGAUUCCAGAGCUGGAGAGGGUGCACCAAGAGCAGUGGACCAUGCGGUCAUCGGAGGAGUGGUGGCUGUGGUGGUCUUUGCCAUGCUCUGUCUACUUAUCAUUUUGGGACGGUACUUUGCAAGACACAAAGGUACCUACUUCACGCAUGAAGCUAAAGGAGCCGAUGACGCAGCAGAUGCAGACACAGCCAUUAUCAACGCGGAGGGCGGCCACAACAACUCGGACGAGAAGAAGGAGUACUACAUAUAGAAAUCACAGGGCCCUAAUACCUUCCCCUGUGUGACACCACGCUGUCUUUGGGUUGGGGGGUGGGGAGGGGCGCUUGGGGUUGAGAAUGGGUUAGGUUGGGUAGCGAGUAGGAUGUGUUGGGUUUUAUGGGUGAUUGCCAAGGAUUGAACAAUGUAUUGUCCAGUCUCUGCAGCUGAGGAGAGGAAAUAUGUGUAUAAGAUGGAAAUAUAGGGAGAGGAUCAGGGCUUUUGGUGAGGGUGGCUGGGGGGGAGGGGGGGGUUUGAGGGUUGCCAGAAAUCAAUGUAGAGGGAGUUUCACCAUUCAACACCUCCGAAAACUGCUGGUACGAAUUUUGUUUAGUUCAACCAUUUGCAGAAAAUUCUGUGCCUUGUUCUGAAUUUAUUUUAUUUUCAUUCUUUCCUACCCUCCCAGACAUGUCAUGUGGCUCCACCUUCACCUCUUCCACUCUCUUCAUUAUCAUUGUAAUGUUGGCUUAGCGGUGAAGCUUAAAUUACACAGUGGCUCUGUUCAUCUCUCCCACUGUGUUCACACACACGUCCUCUCUUGCAUACCAUAAGCUCAUAAGAACCCUAUUUCAACUAUACUGUGAGCAGGCCUGGUCUCAAGCCACCACCUUUCUUUUUUUAAACCUUUUAAAACACAUCCAAUGCUUCAAUUAUCAAAUUUAUCAAAUUGUACAAUGAGAAACUAUUAUUACCCAUAAAUAAAGUUUCCCCCUCUUUAAAAGACACUAACACACACAUACACACUGAACAAUAAUAGUCUGUAGGCAGACAGUGGGGGAUAAAAAACUUUAAAACUCGUGUUAUUGGGGCCAAUUCCUCAUCAAUAUAGAUGAUCUGUAUUUUUUCAUUUGUCUUAAAAAAAAAAAUCUAAUGAGUUCUGUCAGCACAUUUAAAACAUUGCCACUAUUUGGAAUAGGCAAAGUAGAAGGCACAUUAUUUCACUGUCACUAUGCUGAACUUAUAGGCAUUUUCAAUUCAUUAUUUUUCUAUUUUAUUCUCUGUACAAUUAUGUUUUUGGUUCUGUUCCACUGAAUAGAACUGCUAUUCUUCUGCAGUCAUUUAUUGUUUUGUGACGAUAUUUUCAGGGUUUUAAAUCCUCUCCCUCUCAUUGAGAAAUAUUUUUCAAAUAGCAAAUGACAAAAUGCGUUGUUAUGGCAUGUGCUCACUCUGUGUAUUUCAAUCACGAUGCCUCAGUUUAACGACUUACUGCAACCAACAUUAAUAAAAGGAUAUUACCAUCAAAUACAACUGAUAUAUUUGAAACAACUGAACAGUAAAAUAUCACACUUGUGUUUUUCCUGCCAUAUGUUUAUAAUAAAAUUAGACUUGUAAACCAAGUUAUACAGAAGCCCUGAAGCCUAAAUUCAAAACAAAAUAUCUAGCACCACUAAUGCUAUUUUGUUAUAAUGACAUGAUGGUUGAUUCAUUGACCUGCUGAGCACACUAUGCAUCAGUCCUGAUUGUGUAAGGCUAUAUUUAUUUUAGUUUUUUUCAGGAGUCUGCGAUAAUAUGUCUACUAAAUGCUACAGUUGGGUGUGAAAUUGGCCUGACAUUUUGUCGCUGGUUUAUGAUGUCAUGGGGGUUUUUUGUCUAGCUGAGUGUCUUUAUAGGCCCAGUAGUUUAUUUUCUGACUUGUACGUUUGAUAGUUGAUGCAUUUGAUUUUUGAUGCGUCCCUUGUUCAACCUCGAUUACUUAAGCAUCUUUUGUGUGCUAUUCAUUUCCAAAAACGCUCUUAAGCCAAGUUAAUGUAUUCAGCAUCAUAAAACAUGAUGACUCUACCUUGGGAAUAUGGUUUAAUAUGCUAGGUUCACUGAGCAUAGACAAGGUACAAUCACAGCUGUCACCUUACAUUUAAACCAUUGUCUAAGCUCAUUAAACCCAGUUUAUUAAACCGUAUUCCCAAAAUUGAGUCAUCAUGAUUUAUGAGGCUGAAUGCGUUAACCUGGCUUAAAAGUGAUUAAGGGAAUGAACAGCAUACACAAGGUAAAAACUGACCGAAAUACAGCCAUGCAUGUCCUGACAAUCACAACAGACGCAUAGUGUGCACUGCAUACAGUAUAUGGGAAUUAGACAAAACAUUUGUCUGGUGAUGCCUGUUUCCCAAACUAAAAAAAGAAUAUAAAACAAAAAUACUAUACAACCCUUAAACAUGCAAAAGCAAAACAUCAAACACAACUGAUGCCUGAGCAAAAUAUUAUUUUCAAAGCAAAACACAAAAAAAACUAUUAUGGACUCUUCAGAACCAAUAUUUCCAAAAAGAUGAUAUAUGUUCAGGAAAUAUUCACACCAUACAUUAAACACGUGCCAGGACAUUGUUACAAACAAACCUAUAUCAUGAUAAUUUAGUUUUUUAUGAUUAUUACAAGUGUUUGUUUUUAGUUUUGUUACUCCAUAAUGUACAACACUCAUGACCAAGUUAUGACAGUUGAGUGUCACUAAGAAUUAACCAUGGAGACAGGGUCUUCUUGCCACUACUAUCACAGACCAGCCUUCGGACUCUAUGUGGUCUAGUCAUGAUGCAACAGUUUUCAGUUGCCGAAACAGUCAACAUCACACUGCAUGCACUAUGUGAGUGUGCACCUUUGCAAAUACAUGAUACAGUCUUCACUUUUUCUUUAAGCAUGAAGCUAAAGUGGGGGGGUGGGGGGGGGGUCUUCAAUUUUCUAUUAAUUUAAUUUUCUACAUUACCAAGGUCAGCAGUGCUGUUUAAUCUAUUUGAUUGUCCUGCUGAGGUUGUUGGCAUGACAAUGAGGGAAAAGAUGAUAUUGCUUACAUGUUUCAUUUGAAGAUUAUUCCAAAUAUAAUAUAUUUUAAAGGAGCAACCAUUGGUUUAACACUGUAUAGCCCUAUCUGCACAGGACAUGUAUUACCAUAGAACAUUGGUUAUGGAAUUAAUACCCCAGCAUGUCUGUUUUUCCAGAGGACAAUUUGGAUGGGAUUCAUUUUACUGAACCUCCCCAUGUAGUUAUAAUGUUUUCUUAUUCAAUGUUGGCAGGUUAUGACUGAAGCCUGUAGUAAUAUCUGGCAAAACGGAUCAUUCAUCUGUAGACUAAGUGCAUAGAAGUUGUUGAAUCAAUGUGUACAUUUUUCCCAAACUAUACAUCACCUGUUAAAAUCUGUAAUACCAUCACAACACAGGGAUGCACAGAAUAUGUAUUAUCAGAGGACCUGGGAGUUUGCCAAAAACAAAUAUGUAUUUUCUGGUGGCUUGAAUAAUAUCCUUCCAUGUAGUUAAAUAAUAUUUUGGCAGUUUACUAAAAUUAGGAAAGUGGUCAUUUCUGCUUGUGCACAUAAAGUAAUUACACUCCCCAACCUACCACAGUAAAAAGAUGUCCGAAUAGGGUUCAUGAUAACAAUACUGUUUGUUUAUCAGGACAGUGGUGGCUAUCAGACUUUUUUAAAUCCUACCAUUUUAGACUGUGACUUCUUAUGACAUUCUUUGGAUUCCCUCUCUUGUUUCAAUAGAACAAACAUCAUAGAGAAUGUUAGCGUCUUUUAGAUUGAGGUUGUGUGACUUGUAUUAGUAAGCAUUAUUUCGCUUUGGUCAAAAGUGUGGCACUUCCAUUCUAAACUGGACCUUAAAGAAUUUUCUUCGCUGAACACAUUAAUUCCCUUUCAUUGUGGGUGGACAUGUUAUUAAACAUACUCACAGCUCUGUGAACUGGGUAGAUGUCUAUGUUUCCGCUUAACCUUUUACUGAUGUGUGUUGUGGUUUGAAUUGGGCACCACAAUCAGAACCAAUAUGAAAAUGGAGUGUAUAAGGAAAAGUAUCCAACUAGAAAUUUGUUGGAAUUAAUUAAUGCUAAUUUGCAUAAGCAGCUACCUGUAGUUAACACUGGCGUUAUAAAGUGUAAAUUGAAAUUUUGUGGAUGACGGACAUCUCCGCAGGUUUGUGGAAUGAGUUUGAGCUUUGAGUAUAGAAUGUUAAAUUUUUUUAUUUCUAUUUCUGUGUGUUGUUAUCAGUAUUUUUGAAAAGCCCCUUUGUUCCUCAAGGUACAAUUAACUUGGUAGUUUGACAGUGUUACUGAUAUCAUUUUUAUUUUGUAAAAUUACUUUUUACAUUCCUUUGUUAAUACCCUGUGUCAGGUUAAUGUGCAUUGAAUGGUGUGAUUGCAUCUCAGGUAGAAUGCGAAGUCUAGGCCCCCCACACAUUGAUGAAGUCUAAUUAAAAAAAAGAAGUAUGCUAAUCUUUUUAGGUCAACAGACAACUGGUGAUUCUUUUUGCAUUUAAGCUGUACAUGUUUUAUGUAUUUUCUUAAAUAUUCAAUGCACUGUAUAAGAUGUGUUUAAAUAUUACUUUGUAUAGAGAUAGUUCACAACUAAAGAGUACUUUGUUUGUUAGAAUGACGCAGGAACAGAACACAUUCAGCUGUGGCUGUACAAUUAUUAAUUGAAACACAACAUUUCUCUGACGUUUACUUCUCCCAGGAUGUUUUCUCGUUUAUCACUUCAUUGUUUCUAGGUUGAUUAUUUUUGUCUUUCUGCUGUACUUGGGCAAUGUCAAUGUGUAUUAAUGAAGAAAAAAGAAAUCCACAUUCCCAUACACAUUUUGUAUUGGUUCAUAAAUAGACAUUUUUACAAAAAAUAAAGAGUUCUUGUCUUAA